AUGCAGGUAUCUGAAAAGAACCCGUAUGCUACCUUCUUUCGAUCUUUACGAGACAGGGUUAUUGAUGCAGAUACACAAAUUGUUCUUAAUCGAAGUUCAGUACUUGAUCAGCGCGUUUAUAAUGCUCCUGUUGUUGAUGAUGUUGCUGUAAUCUGGCCAGAAAACUAUUCAUCAAGCGAAAGCUUAGGCCCGCAUAUAUUAGUCAAUGGAAGAUCUGAUGAGUCUCACCGAAUUUAUCAUAGUUAUGGUUGCUAUGAUCCUCUUCAGUAUUCGUUAUUAUUUCCUCGAGGAGAAUGUGGCUGGACUCAAGGCCUUAAAAAAAAUUCUCAUCCAAGUAGGAGAACAACUGAUUCGAUUCCAGAUCCUAUAAUGUCGUGCGAUGUGCAUACUACAGAAGAUUUAUUAAGUCAGGAAGAAGCCCGUUCAAAGAGGAAAAAUACUAAAGUAGACAAGUUCAUUUCUGCUAGGGAAUACUAUGCAUACAAGCUGCAAAUCCGAUCAAACAGCAUGUUGCUGCGAGCAGAUUCUGGAGAAACUCUUGGUCAUAAUGUUGGUCGGAGAGUUAUAUUGCCUCCUACCUAUAUUGGUGGUCCUCGGGAUAUCAAGAAAAGGUACUUAAAUGCUAUGGCUUUAGUACAACGGUUUGGUAAACCAGAUCUUUUUGUAACGAUUACAUGUAAUGCCAAUUGGCUUGAAAUCAAGGCUAAGCUAACAACUGGAGAGAUAGCCCAAGAUAGGCCAAACUUAGUUGCUAGAAUUUUUAGAUCGAAGUUUCUUGCGCUGAAAAAGGAAAUUAUGGAAAAGAAAGUAUUUGGGGAAGUCGCUGCGAUGGUAUAUGUUGUCGAGUUCCAAAAAAGAGGUUUGCCGCAUGCUCAUUUCUUAAUUGUUUUAAAACCUGAGUACAAGCUGAAAUCCCCUGCUGACUAUGACAGAUUUGUUUGUGCUAAAAUACCUGCUGAAACUAAUCUUACCUUGAGAAGAAUUGUGUUGGCCCAUAUGAUGCAUGGUCCUUGUGGUAUAUUGAAUCCUGAAUGCCCAUGUAUGCGGAAGAAUGGCAUAAAGCUCAGUUGUAAGAACAAGUACCCUAAGCAGUUUUUCGAUGAAACAACUAACAAUAAGGAUGGUUAUCCAAUCUAUUGUAGAAGAGAAAUCGGGGAAAAGGUAAUGAUAAGAAAUGCAGAAUUAGAUAAUCAGUGGGUUAUUCCUUAUAAUUCGUAUCUUUCUUUGCUAUUUGAUUGUCACUUGAACGUUGAAGGCCAUGAUCGGAUUUUGUACAAUGUUGUUCCUUCUAACAACAUAGUAGAUGAGAUUCAGCAAUACCAGUCAGGUAGAUGGGUAUCUCCUUGUGAAGCUGCAUGGAGAAUAUUCAGUUUCGAUCUAUUUGAAAUGCAUCCUGCAGUUCUACCUUUACAGGUUCAUUUUCCUGAUAUGCAGACUGUUCAUGUUUUCCCUCAUGAAAGGCUUCGCGCUGUUGUUUCAGAUUAA